UCGGCGAAUGCAGCAAACCACUCCCGCGCGGCAACUAGUGUCGCGCGCCUCAUCAGCUUUGUAGUGGCAGACAAAAGUUGUAGAUUUUUACCCGUCUAUACUGUUGUUCCUUUCAUUAAUGCUUGGAUACUUUUCUUUGCAUUGCUGAGCGCGUGUCGAGCGGGAAGUUAUUCGUAAGAACUGUCUGUACGCUACUGGAUUAGCUGCUGAUUAACAAGUUAACCACGAACACACUACGAACGUGGAGAAGUAAUUGUUCUGUCCCCCGUGGGAUUUAAACUUCAGCUAGUAGCAGCAGCGCAGGCUAAUAGCAGGUAGUUAGCUCCAUUAUUUCAACUGGGUGGUUUGGUCACAAUGGCAGCGGUGUGCCAUCCACGACGUGCCUUGGUAGAAAUACCUGCUCCUCAGCCCAAAAUUGCAGCUCGUAUGAGAAGGUCCUAUUUGGAAAUUCUUAGUGCUCGUUUGGCUCCAUCUCCACUUCCAAGGUCGAGAAACACAAAUACAAAGCGUCUCCAGUCCUUGGACUUGUCCAUGGGUGGGAUGUGGAGAGGAAGGAUAGACGAGCAGUGUGAGAAGAUGGAUGAGCACCCCACCCCACUCUCCAAACAACAGCUUGUACAACUGAUCAGAUCCCUCAUUCUAGUUGAACAGAGCCAUGAGCCCAGGAUCAUGGCAUCAGACUUGAAGUAUCUACAGGAAGACCUACAGCUCAAGAAGGCAAAUGUUUACAGGUCCAUACCAUAUUCACGGUUCGGCUCCAACAGGGACGCUCACUGCUACAGAAAAGCAUAUCCUCACCUGGUGGCUUUCAAAGUUUCAUGUCAGGAAUGGGGUCAGGUUCUUUUGAGGAACAAAGAGUGGGACAUUGUGUUGGAGUACUCCCUGAUGGCGUGGCGAUACACCACCGAGUUACCACAGUGGGACACGGCGAGCCACAACGCUCUCAAAGAACAAUGCUACAGUAUUCUGGCAGCUCACAGCCUCGCUGCUCUGCAGCACUACCGGCCCGAGCUCACCAGAGGACGGGAGCUGCUCAGGAGGCUGAAGAUGGCUCAGCUGCAGAGCCAGUCCAUUGUUCCCUGCAUGGAGGAGUUGCAGAGGAUCAUGGGAUGUACUGAUGACUUGUCCAUGGACACAAAAUGAUGUGACAACAGAUGAGCAGCUGGAUUCUCUGGAGUACAAAGUGUUCCUCAUGUGAUUUAUGAAUUGAAUGGGCCAAAAACUUUUCCUUUUUUUUAUUUUUAUUAUAUAUAAAGUAGUGUUUUAGAAGAACCACUACAGUAUUCUUCCAAAGGGUGUGUUAGCUAGUUAACUAGCAGACUUAAAUACAAGUAUGUUUAUAGAGGGUGUGUAAAUAAAGGUGUGAUGAUCAGGUGAUAUGCAACUUCUCCAUCAACCCUGCUUACUUUUGUAGGUAUAUCUUUCAAGCCGGGGAGGGAUAAGUGCCUCGUAACGCAGACCUGAAAAUGUGGCUGCCUGAAAAGCAGCUGGAAAUGGCUGCAAAUGCAAUAACGCUUCUUUUAAAGCACACGGCAUUUCAACACCAACUAAAAGCAUCGCAUGAAGAUGACACACCUCAGUGAUUUAAUUUAAUUUAGCAUCUCAGUAGAUUGUCUUGCAGCCAGUUUGAAAACUUUCUGCCUGUCUUUUUGUGGAGCAUUAACUUUCUGAGAAAUGUUUGGUUCAGAUGUUGCUGGUAGCAGCUUCUUUAAAUCCUCAUGUAUUUUUAGAACUGCAUAGAUUGUAGUUUGCAUUGACAACUGGAUUGUAAAAAUUUGAAACUGCCUUUUUUGUGCUUCACGUGAUUGUAUGUUCUUUCUUUUCAGUGUUUGAAUUUGUGGCCUUUGUCUUGACUAGUUUUGUGUCUUGUUAAAGACUUGUCCGUCAUUUUUUGCACUGUCCUCGUUCGUCCUGAAAACUUGAAUUUUGAUAAAAUAGACUCUAAUUCAAAUAAAGUUUACUUAAACAGC